AUGACGGUCUCGAAGUGGCUCACUCUGACUCGUCAAUGCCUGCUUCGUCGAAUCUCUGUGCAAGACUUCGGCAACUUGCUGCGGAACCAUGACGGUGAAAUCGAUGGCAAGCGAUUAUUUGGGGCCCUGGUUGAAUGUCGGGAAUCUUUCUGCCAGCCAGGAGAUCCUCUCGUCUCACUUUAUAUCGACUACAUUGCAACCGCUGGAGUUAUCGUCAUAUCCGACGCACUGGUUAUCCUCACAAAACGUUGGAAUGCAACAAGGUCCCCAGCCACACAAGGUGCACUUGCAUGCUACAAUGACACCCUGCAAGAUUUGACCAUGGUGAUUGUCUCCCCAAAGUUCAAGACCGGGGCAGCUGAAGCACGCCUAGCUCUACAGAUCUCGUCAAGAUGGCUUUCUACUUUGGCACGACAAGCAUCACGAGGAGAUUCUGAGCCACCAGGAAUGGAGCUCAGCAGCACCAUCGAAUUGCUCGCCUUCCUCAUGGCAUCUAUGACCGCAACUGACGCUGGACUCGAAUCUUUAUCCAUUGCCAAGAGCCUGGAGCAAAAGGAGAAAUACGUGGCUGUCGACAACUUACGCACUCUAGUGAAACAGGCCUUUGAGCUCUGCUUGCCAUUAUAUUCUACGCUCUCUUCUCAGCUCAUGGAGCGGAUAAACACAGUCUUGAAACAUAUUAACCUCCUGGAUGAUGGCUCGGCGCAGCCUGGCAAUGCCCCUGCCCCUGCUUCCGAGAUUCAAGCGCUUCAAUUUCAAGUCUCUAUCGCAGAUAGCCAGUUGGUGGCUUCCAAAGCUGGCACAAUGCUUUACCUAGAAAGUCUUCUCUUUGCAGGCUCAACUAUCGACGAUGGAGGGACAGUGCAUUGGCUUUCAGCGCGCCAUCAGAAUGAUUACCAGUCAAUGUUCAUCGACGUCUUUACGUCCUCCUUUUCCAUUCUCAAAGCCCAGACCAUUACUCCUGGCAGAACUUUAUGCAUGCAGCAGUGUCAGAUUUUCAUUCAGAACAAACUUCCAGCACUUCUGUCAAUGAUAUCAGCCUCUUCAUUCAACAGUUUCAAUACCGAACGAGCCAUGACCGACUCAUGGCAUCAAGUGGUGUCUUUACUUUCGUCACAAGACCUUAUUUUGACGGGCGCUAGGCUGCUGCACGUCUGUACUUUGCAUCACUUGCUCCCGGCACAAACCGCAGUACAGCUCGUUGGAAACGAGGAUACUUUGAAAGGACUGAGCAAGGGCUUGUAUGCUAAGGAUGACCUCGUGGCACAAGUCCACGCAAAUCCUACGAGAGGACCCAAACUUGUUGAGGAAUUGACCCGCAGCGAUGGAAGUGCAGGCUUCAUCAGUCAAGCGGUUGUUGAGAUCGUGCAUAAUUACUGUCAAAACAAGGAAACACAAUGUCUCAAAGAUCUCGCCAAUGCUAUACUUCGGAGACCUACUACGAUCAAUUGCAUUGCUCUAUUCGUUCGUCCUGACUAUUUUCUCGGACCACUUUGUGGGCUCUUGGACGAGUGGCGAUGGGAUGAAAUACAUGGAGAGGCACAACCGGUGUACGAUGAUUUUGGGGCCAUCUUUCUUCUGAUUUUGGUAAGCAGGGAGCGACUAGGGUUGUCAAACUCAAGCUUGGGUAUACGAAAGAAGGAUGGAUUCCUAGCUCGAUAUCUAGAGCAUGAGCAUAACGAAGAGAGCCUAGAGAACCUCUCUGAAGAAAGGAAACUGCAUUUGGGAAAUUGGAUCAACGCUCUUUACUUGGCUGAAGGCCUCAGCGAUGAACUGUUCACAAACUGCAGUCCCCACGACUUCUACCUCUUGAUUCCCACUCUCCUCCGACAAUCGAUGACGGCUCACCAGCAGGGAAAGCUAACUCAUGACUCUUUACAAGCCGGCUUGGAUUAUCUCCUUGAGCCUUUCUUGCUCCCUUCCCUGAUAUCGGCGAUGGAUUGGGUCGCAGAGGUUUUCCAGCAUGAGCGCAUGGUUGCUGGAAAGGUGUUGGAAGCUCUAAUCAAACCACCAGGGUCGUUGGAGUCUCGGGAUAUCCACCACACUAUAUUGACAUUGUGUGCGCCGAGGCUGAAGUUGCGCCUGAAGACUAUUGGAGCACAAGAUAGCGACGUCGACUCCAUUCUCAAGACCCUGGACCAGUGUCCGGACUUUUCGUUCGUCUCGGAGCGAGAACGAGAGACACCGAAUCCAGGGACCCUCAACAUUAUACAACAUUGCCUGGCAAAUCUAAUUACUUCCACAACUGCCUUGGACAUUGGGGAGGCCCCUCCUUUUGAGGACAUUUCUGCCCUCGUGAGCCGAGCCGUGGAAGUUCACGGACCCCAGACGACCCUGCGGGCAAUCGUUGGGGUGCUUCUACAACUGAGCGACAGUCACGUAUUCCUUUAUGCUCUUGAUGCACUCACAACCGCAGUUUGUAUGGCUGGAAACGGGCUUCGCGACGCCUUGCGCUUACAAUACCACGACCUGGGGAAUCUCUUGAAGAGCGGGGAAACUCUCGCUGCUGAAGGGGUGGUCCGUCUAUAUCGGCAAGUUGAAACAUACACGAAUCUUCUUGCUGUGCCGGACAUGGGCUUAGACUCGUUCAACUUUUCCCAGCAACUUACAAAUAUGGAUACGGCCGACCCCAAUCUCGACGCUGCUACUGCGGUGUCGGGCGGAAUGGACCUGCAGACAGAUCAGGGCCAAGCUGACGGAAUUGAUCAGGUACUGGAUGAAGUCGCCGCGAUGGGAAACCUAGACUCCAACGAUGCAGACAUGAGCUUUGAUGCUCUCUAUGACCUUCAGGGAAAUGAUAUGGAUCUCAAUGACUUGGAUUUGGACAUGUUCUGA